CAGUUUCAGAGACGCAGUCACCGGCUGCACCACGUCUUGGAGGAAGUGUCCUGUGUUACUUCAUAUAUAUACAAACAACGACGCGAGUGCGGUCGAUUAGAACGCGAUAAAUAUUGCUAAUCAUCCGGGAUCCCUAAAAAUUAAAGGAAUUAGCUAACGGAAUUAGAUAACAGACCGACUUGAUUUGAAACCGAAUUGAAUCAGAUCAUCAUCGUUCUUAUUGAACUUUAUCCUGAAAAUUACGACUACUGUCGAAUUAGGGAUGAAUGGAAGUGACAAUAUGCCUUAAUAUUGUGAAAAAGGUGUAAUUUCGAAGCUAGUUUUGUGAUGAGCGUGCUGAUAGACGGUAAAGGAUAUUCUUUAGAGUUGACAGAACACUCGAAUGAAACGAUACAUAGACAUUUUGAAAAUUACAAAAAAGACAUGGAUAUCUAAAAUGCACUAUACUAAUUGUUAAAAAAUAACUAUCAAUAUAAUACAGUGACUAUUUGUGCAACUAAUGUUUCAAUAGAACUGGAUUACUGCCUUGAAGAUAAAAAUGAAAGCAAUUUUAUACAUUCUAUAAAACUGUUUGAAUCUUUGAACAAAAGUGAUUUAAAAAUAAAGAUUUUCAUUACUUUCAAUCAUACGUCAUAUUUUCGCAAAAAGAAAUUCACAUAAAGUCACAUCUCAAAGUUUUCGAUUAUUAUUCAAAGACGAAUUUGUAGCUUACAGAGAUUUAUUGGAGUUUUUAUGUAGAAUGACAUAAAAACCCCGUUACCCAGAAGUACGAGGAUCUUUCUGAGAAGAAAUUUUUCUGCAGCUUGUAACGAUCUCGGAAUUUGGCAGGUAGAGAACAGUACAUGGUGACUCAGUGCGUGUCGUCGCGACAGCGACCUUCCUCGGAGUCUGGCGCCUUUUCUUCAUCGACUCAUUGUCAGAGACAAGUUGAAGUAAAUAGUGCGUAAUUAUUAGAAAGUUGAUAUUGAUUGAAACAAUUGAUAAUCUGAUAAAGUAUUUCUUCUGAGUUUAAUAAUUAAUGUCGUUGACAAAUAUCUUUCUCUACAACUAAUUAUUUAAUUGACACAAGAGAAAAUAGUGAGAAGUGACACGUUGCCAUGCGCAAUUAUUAAUUAGACACAGAGUGUUGAAAAGAAAACUAUCGAGAGAAUUAUAUGUUUCUGCUACGAAGACUUCUUGACCGUAUAAAAUUCCGGCAGGACGAGGAUGUCAAUCACUAACUGAUAACAUAUGCCACGGUGGUAGCUCUCGAGGAGGAUGUUCCACGGGGGCGGAAGUGGCGGGUACGGCGCAAGUUCCGACUACCAGCAGCAGUCUCAACAGCAGCAGCAGCAACACGGGCAACAGCUCCAGGCACCCGUCUACGUUCCAUCGUCUAGACCGGCGAUUCCAUCUGCAGCCACGGCGGCGCAAUAUCACUCCUUCCCUACUUCGCCUUCGCCCGCAUGGGAGAAGACAGCAUCGUGGCAACACGGAGUGGAGACGUAUGCGGCGCAUCACGCGCUCGCCGGACACACGAGCGGCACCGCGGCGGCGAUGGGUCCGCACGCUGGGCCUGGCCAUCCGCACGCGGGACAUCCGCAUGCGGCGCAUCCCCAUUCAACCCUCGCUGCGGCCGCGGCCGCACCGUUCUAUGCGCAGAACGUCGCGAUGAUGUCCUCGUGGCGCGCUUACGACAGCGCCGGCUUUCAACGUGCAUCGCCUUAUGACACCGCGAUGGAUUUCCAGUUCGGUGAGGGUCGCGAGUGCGUAAAUUGCGGCGCGAUAUCGACGCCGCUCUGGCGGAGAGAUGGCACUGGCCAUUAUCUUUGCAAUGCAUGCGGACUUUAUCACAAGAUGAAUGGCAUGAAUAGGCCGCUCAUCAAGCCCUCAAAACGCCUGAUGUCGGAAUUUCAGACCGCGACAAGGCGACUUGGGCUGUGCUGUACAAAUUGCGGCACCCGCACCACCACUUUGUGGAGGCGCAACAACGAGGGUGAACCAGUAUGCAACGCUUGUGGAUUAUACUUCAAAUUACACGGGGUCAAUAGGCCGCUAGCCAUGCGGAAGGAUGGCAUACAAACAAGAAAAAGAAAACCGAAAAAGACCCCAGAGCAGAAUGCUAGAUCGUCCCAGGGAGACCAUGAAACCACUGCCUCGACUACAUCCUCCCCUUCCACAGAGUUGAAGAACAAUCAGCAACAGCAGCAACAACAGCAGCAGCAUCAGAUCGAGGUGCCAAAGUCAUCAGGCUCAUCGACAUCGACCGAUAGACCUGUUUACCUCGGACAUACCUCUCUCCUGGCCACUGGAAGUGUACCUGCUGUGAAAACGGAACCGCGGAGCUGCGACGGCGUCGUUGGUCAGCCGUACUCAUCUUAUUAUCAACAUCCCCAUCAACUUGCCGUUACAAGUGAGCACCAGCAACAGAGUUAUUACAGCACCCAGGAGGCGCCGUAUCAUCAUCAACAUCAUGUCACUACAGCGGCUAAAUUACUCGCGUCCUCGUAAUUGUUUAGCAAUUGAAGUUCGUUCGCUAGAAAUCGCCACGAAAACAGAUUUAGACGCGUCAAGAGAUUGGAUAAGAUUUUUUCGCAGUAUGGAUUAAUCAAGAAUUUACCAAGAAACUUAUAUGAAAGAUUGCGUUAUUAAUAAUGAAUUAUUAAUAAUGAGUUAUUAAUAAUGAAUUUAGAAAUGAAGAUUGUGAUUGAAAUGUCAUCCGAUUGUUUGGAAAGACAGCAAAAGAGAAUAACGAAAUUAACGAUUAAUAUACUUCUUUGACAAAAAAAAUGUGGAAGAAGAAUUCUUCUACAACAUGGGACUAGUCAGUGACGUGCAAAUUGUUUUGAAAUUUAAAGAAAAAAUGUCGGCAAUGUCGGCAAGAAGCUGAAAUAUUAUGAAUUCAAGAGAACGGUACUAUUUCUCAAAAAAAGAAUACGUAAGUUUUCGAAAGGUGAUUAUAUUAUAUAGAAAUCUAUGCGCGAACACUUUAAUGUGUAAUAAAAUAAUAUAAGACGAGAAAUAUCAACACAAUGUGUCUCUCAAAAACUUUGAUUUUCAACGUGUCGUUAAUAGAUAAAAAGAGAACUGGAUCUCUAGUCAAUGACAGAGAUAAACAAGUUAUAAAAUACGACGCGUAUUGAAAAUUAUUUCACUAGUUUUUAGCGAUAGUAAAUUGGAAUCACGAGAAAAUAAGACAAAACUAUAAAAUGCUAAUGUGAGAUGCAGCAUAUUUCCAUAUUUAACUACGCGCUUUUUGCGUUUGAAUAUCCAAGAUACAUGUAAAUAGCUGAGUUACAAUAUAAUUAGUAUGACAGUGCUUCCUGGUUUGACAAAAGCGCAAAGAUACUUAAUAAAAAUGAUGGAUUGGCAAGGCUCGUGUGCAACAAAUAGAAAUAUGAUCUUUGCAUUUGAAGAGCAAUGAAACAUUGCACUUAUCAAGCUGCUACUUUUCAGUUUUCUAAUCAGAUAGUAAUAUUUCGACUUCUUGAUUAAAACGAAAGAUGUCCAACGUUAUUUAAAUGUCGAAAUAAUAUUUUUUAUACUUUUUUCGAUUAUUUCACAAUUUUUUUGUUACACAACAAAUGCACGCGCAACCAGAGUACUUAAUUGUAAAUAAUCUUCAUGGUAAACUAUUGCAAUAUUAGAAAUAGAUAGAUUUUUUCGGCCUCGACGACUUCAUUGCUUUACUUACUAUUAUACUGGAUUAAGACUUUUACUUAACUCUCUAGACUUGAAACAUGUAUUUUGCGUAAAAUGUUUUUUAUGGUAAAAGAGAAAUUACUAUUUAUCGUGCUUGCCUGAUUUAUCGGUAAAUAAUAAGCAAUUAAAUUUAUAAUCAUAAGAAAUAAGUGAAACAGAUGCAAAUUAUUAAUUGCAGUGGCCGAGGUUGAUUUUUCGAGGCACGAAUACAAUAUUAUCAGAUUUAGCCAUAAUCCCUGCACGAAUAUAAUAAUGAUUCACUUUGAAAGAUAAAUAGGAAAAAGUCUGAUAAGCCAUUCUUAUAUAAUUUAUUGAUUCGAAGCCGUUGCCACGGUUUCUUGACGAAUAUGUUUAAUUAAUAUUAAUCAAGAAUGAAUGAUUGUGUAUAGUUCCUCUGUGUAACACUACUUCUGCGAUGCGCAAUAAAUAAUUUUACUCAAUUAAAAUGACAGAGAAGUUGCAUUCUUCUUCUCAGCUAAAGAAAGAGAGAUCCUAUUCAAAAUAACAUGACUUAAACUUAAUGUCGAAUAAAAGAUAAAUCAAUCACGUUGUACUUCUUUAGUUUGUUAAAAUACCCGCAAUAAUAGCGAUGUUAUAAGAUAAUUUGAAGUUUUAUCUUAAAUGUUUGUAUAUGGACAAAUAAAUUAUUCAAUGUGGAAUUAAUAUUGAUAUAAAGUAUCUUAUAACAUAAUGCACAUAUAAUAUUUGUAAAAUCAAACGCUUUUCUAUAUCUUUUGAAUUGUAUUAUCGAUAAAUGAAAAGAUUUAAAAACUU